AAAAUUACACAAGCUUAACAUGGAGGACGACCGCGCCCAAGUCGACCUCGGCAUUGCCGCCGACAUCGACGAGAUGAACCCUCCCCCUCCCCCCUCCGUUCAGCAAAAACAACCCAAGAAGCGUUUCCUGGGCCGACAAAGCGCCGCCGCCGGAAAGUCCUCCUCCUCAUCCAACAGCACCUCUCAACCCGCCGGGGCCAACACUUCUAUCGAAGACAGCGGCGCCAUCCAAGUAGCCCAACCGCGCCGUGCGCCCCGGAUGCUCAACCAAGUGCCCGACUCGAUCCUGCACGACGCCGCCCUAAACGAAGCCAUCGCCCUUCUGCCCUCCAACUACUCCUUCGAGAUCCACAAGACCAUCCACCGCAUCCGCACUUUGAAUGCCAAGCGCGUUGCCCUGCAAAUGCCCGAGGGUUUGCUCCUCUUCGCCACCACCAUCUCCGACAUCUUGACGCAAUUCUGCCCCGGGAUCGAGACGUUAAUCAUGGGCGACGUCACCUACGGCGCCUGCUGCAUCGACGACUACACCGCCCGCGCCAUGGGGUGCGACCUGCUAGUGCACUACGCGCACUCGUGCCUCAUCCCCGUGGACGUCACCAAAAUCAAGACCUUGUACGUCUUUGUGGACAUCAGCAUCGACACCUCCCACCUCUUGGCGACCUUGGAACGCAAUUUCGCGCCCGGCAAGUCCAUCGCCAUGGUGGGCACCAUCCAAUUCAACGCCACCAUCCACGGCGUGCGCUCGACCCUGCAAAAAGCCGGAUACGAAGUCAUCAUCCCGCAAAUCGCGCCGCUUUCCAAGGGCGAGAUCCUGGGGUGCACAUCCCCUAACUUGUCCCAGUUCCUCACCUCGUCCGGCAAGCAAGUCGACAUGAUUUUGUACUUGGGCGACGGCCGCUUCCACCUCGAGUCCAUCAUGAUUCACAACCCAUCCAUACCCGCCUACCGGUACGACCCCUACAGCCGCAAACUGACGCACGAAACGUACGGCCACGAAGAGAUGCAGGAUGUUCGCCGCUCUGCCAUCCGCCAGGCCAAGACGGCCAAGAAAUGGGGGUUGAUCUUGGGUAGUCUCGGGCGGCAGGGAAAUCCCAAUACGCUGGGUCUCAUAGAAGAGAAGUUGAAGGCCAAUGGCACGCCGUUUGUCAAUUUCUGUCUUUCAGAGAUUUUCCCCGGAAAACUGGCGAUGAUGAGCGAUGUCGAGUGCUGGGUGCAGGUGGCGUGUCCGAGACUGUCGAUUGAUUGGGGGUAUGCGUUCCCUAGACCGCUGUUGACGCCGUAUGAGGCGCUGAUUGCGCUGGAGGAGAAGGAGGAUUGGGGGAGGGGGGCGUAUCCGAUGGAUUAUUAUGGUAGAGAGGGGUUGGGGAGGACGAAGCCUGCUGCUGUGGAGGUUUGAGGGUUCAGGCUUGGAGUGGUUGGAUGUAUCCGUACUUUGAAUGAAUUUUGGGAUCUAGGCGUAUGGCUAUACAAAAAGGAGGUUUAUCUGUUUUUU